AGGAGCUCUUUUCUUUUAUAUCUUUCCCACUGUGUCUUUUGCAGUCGUGAUUGCCUUUUUUGCUUUAUGAUUCUGGAAAGUAUUCUGAGAAAGCUUUAGAUCGGAUAGAGAUGCUUGGAAGGGAUAGAUGUUCAAACUGGUGUGACUCUUCCUGGCUUAUCAGAAGUAUUGACAUGUUGGUUUGAUCUCAGGUCGUGGCUCUUCGGUAGCACAUGGUGAUAUGGAGCACCAGAAGAGCUCAAUUCCUAAAACCAUCAAAGCAAAGCUUUCCAAUCUGGUUGAUCUGGAGCUUGGGGACUUGAUAGAAAUCUUCCGCUUGGCCUACCAGCACUGGGCAAUCUACGUGGGGAAUGGCUACGUGAUCCAUCUCGCUCCACCAAGUGAGCUGGCCGGAGCAGGUUGCGCCAGCCUCAUGUCCACCCUCACCAACAAGGCCUUGGUGAAGAAGGAACGGCUCUUGGAAGUGGUGGGCAACGACCGAUACCGGGUCAACAACAAACACGAUUCCAAAUAUACCCCUUUGCCUGUUAAAAAGAUUAUCCAGCUGGCUGAAGAGAAGGUGGGGCAAGAACUGGAAUAUAAAAUCACCAGUGAGAAUUGUGAACACUUUGUCACGGAGUUGCGCUAUGGUGUGGCCAGGAGCGAUCAAGUCCGGGACUUUUUUGUGGGGGCGACGAUCGCGGGCCUGGCUGGCUUGUUCGUUGGCGUCGGCACGGCCAUGGUCAGGAGAAAAAAGCAGCAGAACCAAUAAUGAGGAAAAAGCAGAUUCUCUCAGAGCUGUCCGUCUCGUUGGUGUUUGUGUGCCUACGUG